AUGGAUCUUAAACUUAGUGAUGCUACGAGUAUUGAUUCUAAUGAUAAUCUAAAUGGGGGAAAUUCAACUGUAGAAUUCGCUCAUAGGGAAAUUGAAGGUGCAACUGUUUCAAUUCCAGAAAAUCCAUUAUAUGAUGAUUUAGAUUUACGUGAUGCCAUUCAAAAUCCAUCUGAAGAUAUCAAUUUGGAUUCAACUUCAUCAACGAAUCUUCAUCAUAAAAACUUGUUAAGUAUUUUUCAUUUAGUUAUGAUUAUUAUUUCUUUCCUUCGUUUUGCGAGAACUUACUCUCCUAAAUUGAGAGCUAAGCAUAAAGAGAGGGUUAGGUUGCAGAAUAAAUGGGAUAAUAGGGAUAAAAAGAUGAAAGGUGAUUGGAAAAAGAUGGAGGAAAAAUGGAAUGAAAGGAAACAAAAAGAAAAUAGAGAAAAGGAAGAGUUAAAUAAAAAAAAAGAGGAAAGGGAAAAAAAGACGAAUAAUGAGAUGGAACAAUUUAAUAGGAAAUGGGAUGGAGAAAAUUAUUCUGAAGAGAAAUCCUGGAAAUUUUUGAAUUAUUCGUGCAUAAAUGGAAAAUGUAUUAAGUCUUUGAAUGAACCAAGUACAAGCCAGACAUGUAAUAAAAUUGUUAAAAGAAAGAAAAAAAAUAAGGUACUUUUGGAUAUUAUAGAAGAAAAAUUGAAAGGAAUAUCCUUCAAAAAACCAAUAUCAGAACAUGAACUUAUAAAAAAGAUUACAGAAGAAGAAAAAAAGAGAAGAGAAACGCUCUUUCGUCAAGUGGUUGAAUUAAAUGAGAAAUGGAAAAAAUAUGAAGAAUAUUGUCAAAUUAGGAGGGAAUGGGAAAGAAAUGAAAGAAAAAAAUUAGAAGAAAAAAGAAGAAAAAGAAAGGGAAAACACGAAAAUGAAAUGUUAAAAGAAAAAGUAGAGUGGGAAAAGAGUAUGAGAGAAGAAAAAGAAAAGUGGGAAAAGAUCAUGAAAGAAGAAAAUGAAAAAUGGGAAAAAAACAUGAGAAAAGAAAAAGAGAAAUGGCAAAAUAGAAUGAUGGAAAAAAAUGAAGAGUGGAAAAAAGAUGAAAAUAAGAAAAUUAAAAAAGAAGAAAGUGAGUUGAAUUCAAAGUGGAGAUAUGAGCAUUAUAAGAUAAAAGAAAAAGAAGGUAAAAAAAUAAGAAAAAUAUAA